AUGACUUCUCAAGAGGUUGCUUGGACCCUCGUACGAACCCUGAUACGACGCCACGGAAUACCGCAGACAAUGGUCUCUGAUAGGGGCAGUCAAUUUGACAAGCUCAUCCCUAUUGCAGAACUGGCUAUCAAUACUCGUACAAGCUCUGCUACUGGGGUGUCCCCUUUUUACCUAACCCAUGGCUAUGACCUCUCACUAUUUGGCCUUACUGAGGACUUACCAGAGCAAUCUGCCGAUCAGAGCCCCAUCCAGAUCAGGGAAAAUAUUGCUUGUAUGAUCAAAGAAGCCAUGGACUGGGCCAAAGCAUCUCUAGCUUACUCACAACAAGAAGCUGAACACCAGGCAAAUAAGAAGUGA